AUGAUUUUUCCACCUCUGGAGAGAGAAAGAAAACUAGAACCUGUACCUGAAAAACUUGGUGCACAGUGUGUAGACUGUGACCAAGCAAAAAAGCCUGCUAGAAUAGUUCUGAUGGAGUGGACUGAACUGCCCAAAGGAGAGGAUCCAGACUAUUAUAUUCUGACAUACCAGCAAGCAGAUGCUUUCAGACAAAAAAAUGUAAGAAACAUUUCUAAAGCUGAACAGAAACCUGUCAGUACUGAAGUUCUGCUGGAGGAAAGUAGGAAGUAUGAUAUUACAAUAGAAUCCCUGAAAAAUGGCCAAAUCUUAAGCGUAAAAUCAUUUAAAACACGUGGAAUUUCAGAAAAUGAUAUCAAAACAUUAGUGACGGCUACUACAGUGUCUUUUAAUUGGAGUAUGAUGGUCAAAGAAUUUUCAGUUUCUCUGAUCCUGAAUGGUACUUCUCAGAUUAUAAAAAGCCCCAGUGGAUUCUUUGUAUGGAGAAAUUUGACACCCGCCACCAUUUAUACAUUUAAGUUUAUAUUUGAACAAUUAAAUCCAAAAUUUGUAAAUGUGUCUCAGUCACUGGAUAUUCAAGCUGAAACAGGUAUACAUUACAGUGUCUUGGAGUCACAGUGA